AAGUGAUGUCUACGUAGAUUUCCCCGAAUUAUUAAAAACAAAAACUAUUUAAUUAAAAAUCCUUGACAAAAACCCACUUUUUACAGACGAAAAAUGAUUCCGAACACAAAAGUAUUCGUUGGAAGCCUACCGGGUGGCACAAAACCCGAAGAACUCAGGAGACUCUUCGAAAAUUUCGGUGUUGUGACCGAAUGUGACAUCAUGAACAAGUGCGGCUUUGUUUGGAUGCAAACGGAAGAAAUGGCCCAAAAUGCCAUCGCGUCGCUCAAUAACACGAUGUUCAAUGGACAAUCCAUUGUUGUGGAGCCAGGUCGCAUUAAGGAUCGCGGACAAAAGCGACAAGAUGGAAAUCAAGGUCCUCGCGGCGGCGGCGGCGGAUUCCAACGAGGCGGACCGAGACAAGGUGGGCCAAUGCGUGGCAAUAACAAUGGCGGAGGUCCGAUGCGUCGCGGGCGUGAUGCUCCCAUGAGACGAAACAAUCCGUAUGGCGGCGGCGGCGGUGGAAAUCGUGGAAAUGACUUCAACCGUGGAGGACGAAAUGACAUGAAUAGUGGACCGAUGCAACCUCCGCCAGUUUUUGGAGGUGCCGGUGGUGGCAAUGGCGGAUUCGAUGACAACAACUUUGGAUUUAGCAAUCAAGAUAGACGAGGAUUUGCGUUGCCCUACGAUAAUAGUGGACCGCAACAAAGAAGUGGCGGCGGCGGCGGCGGAUUUCAACGAGGAGCUCCUGGAGGCGGCGGGGGCAGCAGCGGAGGAGGAUUCCGUCAAGGCGGAUUUAACCGGAAUGACAAUAGUGGCCCACGACAAGGAGGUUUUAAUAGAGGCGGAGGGUUUAAUUCGCAAGGCGGAGGGUUUAAUUCGCAAGGAGGAGGCCCCAAACCGAAUUUCAACAGAGGAAGUAACUUUGGCGGCGGCGGCGGUGGCGGCAACAAUAGCGGAAACUUUGGCGGACGUCCCAACCAAGGCUCAAACCAGGCAUACAAUCAACAAUUCCCUCCAUUAGGAGGACCCGGGCCACGCAACAAUCAAGGUCCACCUAGGAUGCAAAAUCGACGAUUUCAAUAAUUGAAAAAUCAAAAAUUGAACGAACAAAAAAGUAUCACCGAAAAAUAUCCGGGUUUCCUUAGAAAAAAAAAAUGAAAGAAACGAUAAAAGACGUGAACGAAAAAGGAUAAAAUGAGACCGCUACAAUUGCUUCAUAGGUUUAAGUGUUAAUACAAAUAAUUUUAAUUGAACAGACCAUUUUCUGAUAUUUUUCAGAUGAGAAAAAAAAUAAUAUUUUUUUAUUUAAAUAGAAAAUUAUUCAAACUAAACGCAAUAUUUAUAUAAAGCAAAAAAAAAAAAAAAUAACAAAAUGAAAUGAAGAGAAAAUAAUGUAUAAAAAAUAGCAAAAUGAUUCAACAAAAAAAAAAACUAAAACUUCUAGAAGGGUUUCGCACCACAAAACGACGAAAGAGAUCCUUGUAUAGAAAUUCGUUCUUAAUCCUCUCAGAAGUUGUAUUAUUAGACGUAAAUUCUUAAUUUUUUAUUUAUUAUAUAAAAUAAUAAAAGCUACUAAUAUUGACGAUUUUAAAUAGGAAAAAAUUUAUUCAUUUAUGCAACAAAUAAUUGUAAUGUGUAUAAAAUAUUUUAAAUAACAAAUUUUAAAAUGAUACAAAUAAAU